UCAAACCAAACCCGCUGCUGGAAUCCUGGCCUGUGCGGCCAUACUGCGCGCGUCUGCGGAGCUCGGGUGUGGAGCCCUUCCCUCCCUCGCAGAGAGGGGGCGGCCCAGGGUCUGGACGUGGACGUGAGCACUGCGAGUGACUUGGGGGGCGCCGGUUCCCUUUCUCGCCCCCCCCAGCAGCAGACCCUCCCCAGCCCCUUCCCCCUCCGCGGCCGGUGGAGCUGUGGCGAGUCAGCAAAUCCCUGGGUUUAUGAUGAUAAAGACUAUCGGAGAAUCCGAUUUGUAGGUCGACAGAAAGAGGUGAAUGAAAACUUUGCCAUUGAUUUGAUAGCUGAGCAGCCCGUGAGUGGAGCCGACAGCCGUGUGGUCGCGUGUGACGGUGGCGGCGGGGCUCUUGGCCACCCGAAAGUGUACAUAAACCUGGACAAAGAAACAAACACCGGGACGUGCGGCUACUGUGGACUGCAGUUCCGACAGCAGCGGCAGCACUAGGGCUGCGGGGCGGCGUGUCCGGGAGAACGCGGCUCGGCGGGAGCCGGGCGCUGUGCGCGCGAAUAAAGGGCGUGCUGACCCAGG